AUGCUGGCGAUGACGAGAUAUGCAGGAUUAUUACUUUUCUUCCCAUCUCAAAAGGGAGAACAUCGGUAUUCUUGGAUCCGCUCGGUAGAGUUCUUUUCGAUUUCUUGGUGCGAAUUAAUCAUACAUUUAAACCUCCAAACUGCUAUGAGCAGUCUGCUAGUGACAGGAUUGAGAACCGUGGAGCAAGUAGCGGCUGACGUUGCGAAGAGGAUGAAGAGGGAAUCAAGGGAGGUUGAAAGAAUGAGCAGUAAGGUGAUAUAUAUAUGUAGGCUCAAUAUAUGGCUAAAGAAGUCCAGGUGUUUGUCCGUAAAGCCAGUGGGAACGACGAACAACCCACCCGAUGUUUUCAAACCUAUAAACUUUUCCUGUUUUUAA